UUUAAUAGGUUAAACCUUGUCAAUGUCAAAGUGAUCAUGUUGCCCCUAACUCUCCUCACCAAUAUCCUCCUUCUAGCCACCCUAGUCCACACAAAAGGCACCCUGGACUUCCUCACAAAAAACCAAAAAAAUCAUCGCUUAAAAUAUAACCCUAAAAACCCUUAUUGUUCGAUAUGUUGUGUGGAUAUGGCCAAAAAAUAUCGGGGAAGAAUUUGCGGAAUUCACACGAUGUGCGCCUACGAAACCAAACCGGUCGGAGCGGCCUGUAGAGGGUUGAUCGUUAUGGAAUUUUCCAACGUGGAAGCCGACGCAAUCGUGGAUGCGCAUAAUAGUUUAAGGAACAGAGUUGCUUUAAAGGAAGAGACCUAUGGAAAUCCUGGGCCUCAAUAUCCAGCCUCCAACAUGCGUUUAGUCUCUUGGGAUAAGGAGCUGGCACAAGUGGCAUUACGUUGGGCAGCCCAGUGCGUUUUUGACCACGAUAAAUGUCGAGAUCUGGAUCGGUUUCCUGUAGGACAGAAUAUCGCCCAAGGAACUUACGGCUCUAAAAGCGAUCUGGAACAUAUCGCCGAUUGGUACGAGUUGGUUGACGAUUUUAAUAAAAACUUUGUGAAAAUGUAUAAUGGAAGCCAAAUGGAGCAAUAUGCUCCGUACACCCAACUAGUCUGGGCUGAUACCUACUUAGUUGGUUGUGCCAGAGUUGCUUUCCAGACAUCUAGUAGUGGCCGAUAUGUUUAUAAUGAGCAUUUUGUAUGCAACUACGGACCUUCUGGGAAUAUUCCGCAGCAGUCUAUUUAUAAAAUUGGUGAGGCAUGUAGUGCGUGUCCAGAGGGUACCUAUUGCACCAAUCCGGAGUAUCCAGGUUUGUGUAGUAGCCAAAUGGUAAAUCAUAGCUUGAUGAGGACUAGAAGACCCAAGGCGAGGCAGUUGGCGAUUUUAAUAAAUGACGGACAGAGGCUGAGGCCAGUUGAGAUUUUGCUGGUUUAUUUGUAUAUUUUUGUGUCUAAGGACUUUUUAAUAUAGAAGGUUGGCAGGGAA